GUGCGGCAGGAAAACCGCAGCAAGGGGAGAGACGGAUUGAGCGGGAGGAGGCUAGAGGGGAGUGGGUACCGAGCAGCGCCGUUGAGAUAUGGGAUUUCGGGAAUAAUAAAGAGCCCCUUCUCCGUGACGGCAAGCAUGGAAUAUCCCCGAAGGCUGCCCGCCGCCACCGCCGCCGGAGGACGUGGCCGUGGUGCGGCAGAGGUGUGAAGGAGCGAGUAGCGGUGCGGUGCGGUGCGUGUGGGGAAAUGGACGGGACGCGGCGCGAGCCAGAGCCCGAGCGACGCCGAGCUGCCGCAGCUCCGCGGGUGUGACCGCCGGGACGAACCGCCCACAACUUUCGCCGUUUCACAUUUUAUUCCGCGGUGUUUUGGAGCAGUCAGUGUUUAAGAAGCAAGAAGAAAACCGAAGAAAACGUGGAGAACGAGAAGUGCGGAGGCAGCCGGCGGUGCGUGGCGGGAUUUGCGCGGACGGGAGAGGAGAUGAUGAUGAUGAUGAUGAUGAUGAUGUCGUCGGGUGUGUGAAGGGGUGCAUUCACACUGCUGGCUGACUGCGGGGUGUCGCGGCCGCCAUGGGCGAUGUGGCCCCCCCCGAGCAGGGCAGCAUCACCUUCAUCGUGCCGGCAAUCCGAAGCUUCGAGCACUACGACUUCAGCAGGGCCAAGGUGUGCUGUAGCCUGACAUGGCUGAUGGCCAAAGCCUUCGGGACCGACAGUGUCCCGUCCGAACUACGUGAGCCCUUCUACACGGACCAGUAUGAUCAGGAGCACAUGAAGCCACCAGUGGCUGCCCUGCUGCUAUCCGCUGAACUCUACUGUGGUGCUGGCAGUCUCAUCCUGAGGAGCGAUGCCGCCAAGCCACUGCUGGGCCAUGAUGCAGUCAUCCGCGCAUUGGCACAGAGGGGGCUGUAUGUCACAGACCAGGAGAGGCUUGUAACUGAGCGUGACCUCAGGAAUAGGCCUAUUCAGAUGAGCGCCCACCUGGCCAUGAUUGACACCUUGAUGAUGGCAUACACGGUGGAGAUGGUCAGCGUGGAAAAGCUUUUGUCCUGCGUGCAGAAGUAUUCCCCCUUCUACCCAGAUGGUGACGUACCCUAUGACACCGAGGAGGCAGUUUUGAUGUGGAUAAACAAGGUCAAUGAGUACUUGAAAGACAUCAUUGUCCAGGAACAGAGACUGAAGGAGACUUCUUGCAGUGUUAAAGAGCCUCUGGAAGGCCCUCGGGCUCGCCACAGGAAGGAUCACACCCUGCCCAGACAGGUUCCGUGUCUCCCCCUGGUGGUCAACCUGCUGAAGGACACUGCUGAUGGCUGUGCUGUCGCUGCUCUGAUUCACUUCUACUGCCCUGGAGUCAUCAGGCUGGAAGAUAUAUGCCUCAAAGAGACCAUGUCACUGGCAGACAGUCUGUACAACUUACAGCUGAUUCAGGACUUCUGUAAGGAGAACCUAGACCAGUGCUGUCAUUUCACCCUGGAAGAUAUGGUCUACGCCUCCCUCUCGAUAAAGACUAACUACCUUGUGUUCAUGGCUGAGCUGUUCUGGUGGUUUGAGGUUGUGAAGCCAUCCUUUGUUCAGCCCCGGAGGUUAGAAGUUGAAGCAGAACCCGCACCCUCUUUGAAAAGUGUGCCCUUAGUUCCAAUCUCCAAUGCCACCAAGAGGAGCUUCAUGGAGAAACCCUGCCCUCCAAAGGUGCAAAGUUUGCCUCUCAAACCACAACUGUGCACAUCAGGAGUAAUAAAACGAUCAACCUCAUUGUCUUACAUGGAUGGCUGUGUGGGGACCUGGCCUAAGGAAAAACGGUCUUCUGCACACGGUAUUUCCUUCGACAUUCCUUUUGAUGAUGAGAACACCAUGAAAACUGCUGCACCCUCCAAUUGGGGUAUGACCAGGUCUAUUAGUACAGAUGGGCUGGGCUUCAAGGUCAACCACGUCUCCAGGAACAUGAAGCGCAAUCUGUCCUUCCAGCCUGUCAAUGGGCAAAGCAAGCAGGAGGGCAUUGAGGAAGAGGGAUAUGCAGAGAAUCUGUCUAGCACCAUCACUGACAGACCACCAGAAAUGUCUGUCCGAGAUAAUCACCUGGGAUUAUCGAAUGGGCCGCUCCAGGGUGAUCAUGGGAAUAUCAUGAGCACACCCAGCAUUGAGGAGGCCCUAGAGAUCAUCCACAGUUCUGAUAGGCCUCAUAAUGGCACUCAGGCUGCUGAAAAAGUCAACAAUGGUUUCUUCCUGCAUGACACAGAGAGGACUGAGUCAUGCUCCAAAGCAAGGGCAGCCGAGGCUGACCCAGAUUCUGCUUCCACAGAGGUGGACACAGGAAUCCAUGUCCGAACAGAGGACAUCCAAGAGACCCUGGAUGAGGACUCCUCCUUGAAGGACUACACAGUGAGCUUGGAUUCAGAGAUGGACCAUGACUAUGAACUGAGGGUCAGCCAAGCCCGAGAGGGGACAAGCCCAUGUCCUAGCUCUGUAAGUAUCAAGUCACAUGCCGGCAGCACGGCCUCCUCCAGCUCUGGCAUUAAGAUGACCAGCUUUGCUGAGCAAAAGUUUAAAAAGCUCAAUCACGGUGAGGGGCGGAGCACAGGCAGCAGUUCUACAAAGAUGACACCUGAGGGUUCAGAACUCAAUAUCCCUCACAUGGUGGCCUGGGCCCAGACUCCUCAAGAUAGCCCAGUGAGGCAAUCACGCAGAGACCCUACUCAGAUGCUGGCCUCUGAGAUGGUACACCUCAAGAUGAAGCUAGAGGAAAAGCGGAGGGUCAUCGAAGCACAGAAGAAGAAAGUCGAGGAGGCCUUCACCAGACACAGGCAAAGAAUGGGCAGGACAGCCUUUCUUAAUGUGGUGAGGAAGAAGGGCAGUGGCACCUCACCACUCAGGGAAGAAGCUAUUUGUGCAGAAGGCAGCACACACUCUAGCAGCUCCCAGGAAAUUAAGGGGUGCAAUGACAGCAGCCAACAGCCUGUGAGGAGUAAACUGGACUCAGCAGAAGAGACCAAGGACCAGACCCAGAAUGCAUGGGUGAAAUCCCCCAAUGAUGAGGGCAGUGGGGAAGUGGACCUGGCGGAGUACACAAGGUCCAUCGAGAAACUGAACACUUCACUCAGCUCCCUACAGGUGGAAAUGCAGAGGCUGGCUCAACAGCAGGAGCUCAUCAUGCAGAUGAGGGAACACCAUUCCUGGGUCGUGUCCCCACCUCAGCCCUCGCCACAGAAGCAGGUCCGGGAGCUCCGGCACGCCCCGCGCUCCACAGGCUCCAUGUCCCCGGUGCUCUCCUCUUCAGGGUCUCCUCGCACCACUCACCGCUCACCAGCCACCAUAAAGAGGAAGUCUGCAUCGUUCCACUCAAAAACUCCCAGGACACCCCGGCCAAGUGAGCUGAAAAUCACCCCUUUGAACCGAAUGCUCAAUACGCCCCAGUCAGUCGACAGCCUCCCGCGACUGCGGAGGUUCUCACCCAGCCAAACACAGACCACUUCCUUCACAUACCUGGGCCAUGACUCUAGGCCCACCUUGGAUCCUGAACCCAGGCGUAGAAACAGCACAGGGGGAGGCAAGAAUGAACAGCCAGCACCAGAAUCCACAACAAAGAAGAGCGAGGUUCUGGGACCAGCUCACUCCCCAGCCAAAGAGACCCAACAGAACCAAAAUGAGUCCCGUGCACAGGGGAAGCACAUCGAGGAGACCAAACCCAUGGAAUCAAAAGUGUCUGAGGUGUUGUCCCAGCCCAUUAUGGAGACCUUCACUGUCACUCCCUCUGCGAGCCUCGCUGAACACUCGGGCCAAGUUGCCAAGAACUUGAUUGAGGUGCCAUUGUCUGAGCUGAAGCCACUGGAUGACCAAGAAACGGAGAAGGGUAGCGAAGCAGCAACAAGCGGGGAUGUUCAUGAUGAUGAGCAGAAAGUGUGCUGUGGCUUCUUCUUUAAGGAUGACAUGAAGGGUGAGGAGGACAUUGCUCUGAAGCGGGCAGCCCUGCUGGAGAAGAGGCUGAGAAGGGAGAGAGAGAUGCAGCAGAAGAAGCAGCAGCUGGAGGCCGAGCAAGAGCAGAGGAAGGAAGUAGCACGAAUGAAAGCGGAAGAGGAGCGACAGAAGAAGGAGGAUGAGAAGGCACGCAGAGAUUUCAUCAAACAGGAGUACCUCAGAAGGAAGCAGCUCAAGCUGAUGGAGGACAUGGACAUGGUCAUCAAGCCCCGCCCCUUAAGUGCCAAACAGAAGAAGCCCCGCCCUAAAUCCAUACAUAGAGAUGUUGUGGAGUCGUCCAAGAACCCCACCAAAGCAGUGGCAGGUUCAAGACCUCGUGUUUUUUCAGUCUCAAGUCUUUCUUUGGCUUCACUCAAUCUUGGAGACAAUGAGAGCUUGCAGUCUGACAAGAUCACCCCCAGGAGUAGUGUGCUCACCUCUGGUAGCCUCUGCUUCUUUCUGAACUCUCCUAAAGUGAAAAAAGGAAGGCCCGACUCUGCAGAUGGCUGUUUGUCCCCUUGCCGGUCGGGAAGCCGCAACGGGGAGAAGGACUGGGAGAAUGGCUCCACAACAUCAUCAGUGGCUUCUAAUACAGAGUAUACAGGGCCAAAGCUGUAUAAGGAGCCAAGUGCCAAGUCUAAUAAACACAUAAUCCAGAACGCCCUAGCUCACUGCUGUCUCGCUGGAAAGGUGAACGAGGGUCAGAAGAACAGAAUAUUGGAGGAAAUGGAGAAAUCAGAAGCCAAUAACUUCCUAAUCCUUUUUCGGGAUUCAGGCUGCCAGUUCCGAUCCCUGUACACAUACUGCCCCGAGACAGAGGAGAUCACCAAACUGGCAGGCAUUGGACCCAAAACAGUCACCAGCAAGAUGAUUGAAGGCUUGUACAAGUACAACUCAGACCGCAAGCAGUUCAGCCACAUCCCGGCCAAAACCAUGUCUGCCAGCGUCGACGCCAUCACUAUCUACAGCCACCUGUGGCAGAUCAAAAAACCAGGAACGCCCAAAAAAUUGCUCUACACCAAGUCUUAAUAGAAUGAACCACUUAGUUUUUUCAAUUGGAACAUUCCCGAUCAGUCACUUCACUGUAUAUAUUCAUAUGCAAAAUAUGCUAUUUUUCCAUUCAUUUCUUCUUUUACUCUUUUUUUUUUUUUUUUUUUUUUUAACACAGAACUCUGAAGCCAUUAUGCACAACUGGAAUGUAAAACACUUCUUGAUAGUAUUUAAAUGCAAGUCAUGGAGGUGUUCUUUACAUGAGACUGUGGAACCAUGGGUAAUUUUGCUAAAGCAUGGUUGUGUGCGUGUGUAUGGUUCUUUGUGUGCCAAAAGAAGUGGCGUGGAUGUCAUAAUUUAAUCUGGUACACUGAAGCACUGAAUGUCAAUCAUCUGUAUAGAUCGAAUUUUCAUGUUAACAUUUGUGGCCUUAUGCUUGUUUUGAUUUAUACUUGAGACUCACCAGAUACAGUGUACAUUAUUCCACCUGAGGCAGUUUGUGUACUAGUUUCUUUUUCAGUAACUAUGUUCAGUUUGAAUCAUGAUUAAGUACUGGUCUAGAGUGACAGGAAAUAAUGAAGAGACAUUGUUCCCCUGCAUUUUAAAUUGUUGCCUUUAAAUAUAUACAGAGUGGUAAGUUAUUGCUGAUGGUAUACUAAUUUGCUGGGAACUGGCAACACUUGUAUUUUAAUUUAUUUCAAUUUUGAAAAUGCUUUAAAAUGACCAUAGCUACAGCUGUGACCUUAGCCUUAGCUGUUGCAUAAUAUGCUUCUAUAGUAAAAUAUGGAUGUGUUCUUUGUAUAUAAUUGCUUUUUUAUUCAAAUCAAGUAGAUAACAUUGCAUUGACCAAAUGUGCAAUAUGCACCAUAAGUUUAAAAAAAAAAAAAAAAAAAGAAAUCCAACAUAUUUGACCAUUGAUAUAACAGCAAAACAUUAGAAUAUCAGUUACAACAAUAAGUAGUAGAAAAAGCUUGUAAAUGUUAGGAUCAGACACCAAGUCCAGCAGAUGUAAUGUGAUGACAGUCAGUAUUUCAGGCUUUAUCUUACUUAUUUUGAAAAUGUAAAUAGCUAUAAAUGAGCAAAUGAGUCAUUUAUGGGUACCAUUAUAGAAAACUUUUCAGUGAUUACAGUAGUUCUAUGGCUUUUUCCUGUUUAAUCCUAUAAAAUACUUUACAAAAUAUGAAGUCAUUUGUAGCAUGUCUUCCUCUGACACCUCAACAGGAAAGUUUUCCAUUUUUUAUUCCCCAAAGAGUAGUAUUAUAGCAUUAUUACAUUAUUUCAGAAAUAUUUUAUGUUGCUUUAAGCAGAGCAGCAGUUGAGUAAAUUAGGUCUUAAUAACAGUAAUCACAUAUUUGAUGGCCUGCUUUUUUUAUUAUUAUUAUUUACUUAAAGUUUUCGGGACACUUUUUGCAGAACAAAAGCAUAAUGCACAUUUGCUAUAAGUGCUUUCCUGAGACAGCUGGAAAGAUGUUCAUAUACUUAUGCAUAAUUUGUGCAUGUGCAAAAUUUGGAUUAUCACUUUUUUUUUAUUCUAAACCUCUCGUUUUGUUAAAUGUAGAGGUCAAUCUGGAUUAAAUUUUUGCCACAAAUACUGCUGUACUGCUUAUAUUCACCUUUAAUUUAUAUUGGAAACUUAAGUCUAAAAAUGAAAUAUUUUGAUGUUACUAAAUAUGGUUGAUAGAAGCUUAAACAAUUUUAGGUCAAUUAAUGUUUUAA